UUUAUUUUCCAUAUGAUGUUGACUCAGCCUGGAUCCACAACUGUUCAUAUUCAAAUUUGAACUUGGAUCUUCCCGACUCUGAGCCCAGCAGGCUCUGCACUCACUAAGCUACCUGGACCAAUUACUGAAAGGGACCUCAGAGAACAUCAGCAUCUCUCUGGUUGGGUUCCCAUCAGCCAUGAUCUGGACCAUGAAGUGGAAUCACCAGCACUCUUCCUACAACAGCCCUACUCUAUGUUUUUACCUCAUAUACCUCAUCCUUGUCCUUUCUGGUACUCCUAGCUCAGGCACAUUCACAGUAUCUGGCCCUCUGGUCCAGCCCAUCCGGGCCUGGGUGGGGGAAGAUGUCCAGCUCUCCUGUCACCUCUCCCCUAAGAUGGAUGCUCGGGGCAUGACUGUGAAGUGGGUCAGAGGCCCACUGGUUGUGCACUUGUACCGCAUGGGCCAGGAGAUGGAGGAAGUCCAGGCCCCUGCAUUCCAAGGGAGGACAAAGAUGCUGAGAGAGGAUAUGGCUGAGGGGAAGGUGACCGUGAUCGUCCAUCAGGUCAAGCUUUCUGACACUGGCCAGUACACAUGUUAUUUCCAGACAGGCACCAUUUACAAUGAAACCAGCUUUGACCUUCACGUAUCAGAACUCCCCACAGGACACUUCACUGUGAUUGGCCCUGCUCAGGUCAUUCAAGCCAAGCAGGGGGAGGAUGCCAUGCUCUCCUGUCACCUCUCCCCUAAGAUGGAUGCUAGGAAAAUGAUUGUGAAAUGCUUCCGAGACCAGACUCUUGUGCAUGGCUACUGUAAUGAGGAUGAAGUGGAGGAAACGCAGGACCCUGAGUUCCAGGGAAGGACUGAAAUGCUGAAAAAUGACAUGGCAGAGGGGAAGUUGAUCUUAAGUAUCCAUCAGGUCCAGGUCUCUGACGCUGGUCAGUACAUUUGCCAUUUCUGGUCACAUAACUAUUCCAGUGAUGCCCAUUUUGAACUACAGGUAGCAGAGAGUAUCCCCACAUCUGAGGAGACACUUCAUAAAAAGAUUAUUUUUGUUUUACCGGCGGUCUUCAUUGGUUCCCUCUUUGUGAUUUAUAUCUUCCACCAAAUACAACUCCAGAGAGCCAGAGAAGAUAUUAUUCCACAGUGUCCAGCUCAAGGAAGAGGACGGAGAAGCAGGAGGGACCCACUUGCCCCUCCUGGAGAGGUCCAACUUUCGCAUAAGUCACCAGAAUCUUCUAUCCGUUCUUGAUACAGGAAGGGAUAGGUAGAGCAGCAUGACUGGAGAGCAGUGCCUUCUUUUGUGUCCCCUUUCCCUCUUGGUGGGGGAGAGGGGAGUAG